CCACGGCUUUUGACAGGACAGUAAACAAACCUAAAUCGUGUCUCUCUAUUUGAUAGUUCCCUGUGGCAAAUUCCGGUGGUAAUGCGUUAAGUUUUCUGUGAUACAAAGUGCAAAUCAAUCGCCUCCUGGUGGUGCACGUCACGAUGGCGGCCAGGACAGUCUCCUCGACCGGGGCGGACGUCGACUGUGUCGAGGUGAAAGUGAAGAAGAAAGGUUUACGAAAAAUCAGUGCCGCUCCCUGGCUGAAGAACCGGCGGCUGAUGGGCGUUAAAUCGACCAAAACGGAUAAGGCUGUUCCGUGUUGUGGCGUAAGUGUGGCCGGAGAAAGUGACACCAUCGUGGAAGGGCGUCAGUUCGAGGAUAAAUCGGUGCAGUGUGAUGAUUUGCUGCCAGCGGACCAUGGGUAUCAUCGGUACGGGGUGCACGGCAACAGCGUUGACCGAUGUACUAGCUGUUGUCAUCCUAUUAAUCCUAUCUACCAAACAAACGUAAUCGUUAACCAAAUACCGUUCAUGGACGACGAGCCGGACGACGUGUCGUUGCCGACGUUUCGCCGCAAUCACCACCCGAUACGCCAUCGCCGUAACUCACGCGCAGAAAGUGCUCCACAUCCACCACAACCGCUGUUCAGGAAGAAUAACCUCUUCGCAGCAGCAUCCCUACAAAAUGAAGUCCACCGAGAUACCUCACAACGUCACAGCUCCGUCGUAUUGCGUGAUGACGAUCAACAAGACUGUAAUGGGUCGCUGUCCCAGUCAGAGAUUUCGAUACCAAACUCGAUAGACUACGAUCUAGAGACUGUGGCACCUUCAAAACCUAGAGUUCCUCUGCGACGAAGAACCGGUGCGUACGGCAAUGUGACACUAAACGUACAAAUUGCCAACGGAAUCAACACGGCCAUCUUGGAGGCGGACGAAAGGGAACUUCCUACAGCUGUACCGAGACGAAGGUAUGGUACGGUUGCUCCGGAUAGAGCCACGAUUCGUGAGUCCUGUCGAGAACCGUCGCAGUCCUCCUGUCUGGUGCUGGGCAUCAACAGUGAUGCUCGCAAUCCCCUCAACUACAAAAUGUACACUCCGUUCUACAACAAACGUCAAACGAUGCCACCGGAACACUUCAAGAACUGGCCAUCCGAGUCGCGGUUCGGUGACGACAACGAUCGCAGCUAUCGGACGCUCAGCUACUACUCCGACGUAGCGAAUCAGCUGGAGCAGUACGAACGGCGCAGUUUCGAUGCCGGAAGCUCCUGCAUGCUCAACGCCAUCGACUCCAACUCCAUCAUGUACCGUAGCAGCAUGGACAACUUGCCGAACGGUGAUCAAACGCCGCAAGAUCGCCGCAAGCAGUCGCGAAUGGAAAAUGAUCCGAGUGUCGGGAAAACCGGCCCGACUGUGGUGCUCUCCAGCCGCAGCAGAGCCGAUUCGCGCGCUAAAAAUAAGUCAAGCGAUCAAAUUCCACCGGCACAGCCGCAGUCGAAUUUAUUAGCCCCUCCGACGAGCGCGUUCGGGCGUUGGAGCGGAAGCAUACAGAAUCUGUUCAGCAUUGGCAAUCGAGCGUCGAGCGGUACCGGUCGGUGGAGUAAAAGUGAAAACUGCCUCAACGAGGUCGGCCAACAGACGGGGAAACGUAUCGCCGGACCUGCCAAACCGAGCAACGAGCAUCGAGUUUGGUCGGAUAGGCUAUUUGGGCGUACGACAGUAGCGGCAGGACGUGGUGGAAGAAAAGGACGUGCCCGAAGGACCAACACCUUGCUGACUAGUGGUGGUGGGAGCUUCUUCACGUACAAGUACGACGACGAGGAGGAAAGCGCCUGGCAGAAGUACUUCAGUCUGGGCAUGUUGCGGAAAAUUCGUCCCAAGCAGGGAAAGCCCACUAGAGGCAAAGAUGGCAGCAUUCAAGACCUCGACGGUAGUUUCUUUGAGAAGUUUGGCUCGAUCCUGCGCCAAAAGUCCAUCCAAAACGAUGAAAGUGUCCGAGCCCGGCUGCAACCAUUCCCGGACGAGAACGAGCCGGAAGCGGAACUGAACGAUCCAACCACGCUGCCACCGGUAGCGGAAGCCGAGGACAGUGGCACCGAAACACUGCUCGACGAAAGUGACUCCGAGGAUCAGCAGCAGGAGAAGCAGGCCGAGUUUAUCGAAGAUGUGUUCGGUUGGAAUGUAACGAUGAGUACCUACUCAUUACCAAAACUCCUCAAUGGAGGCGGGUUAAGUGGAAAUAGAAAGUUUAACAUCAAGUUCGGUACACUGCGGCUGACCAAAUCCUUCCGUUCGCUGGAUCGACGCGAAAAACCCACCACCGUACAGCGAGCGACUCAGGAGCGCGACUACGGCACGACCGCACGGCGAGCGUCCGAAAACCCGUACGGUACGAGCUCCGGCGGAUCCAAUCGUCCCGGACGCUUACCGUACCACCCGUUCCGGGGCAUACGAAAGGAAGAGAUCGAACAGCAGGCCAGCAUGAUCGUCCAUUCGAUGACCAUCGAGGAACUGUACGAGGAGAUUCUGUUCGAGAACAUCCACAACAUCGGCUGUGACGAUGAGGAACUCAACGUGGACGUCCUGUUUCCGUACAUCCAGGAAGCGUUCAAAAUGUCGGACGAAAAGCACAACGAAAUACUGCAGAUCGCGCGCAACAAGGAAGCGCCCGAAAUACGGCUAAACGUGGAGAUUGUGGAGGCGAAGGAUCUGGAACCGAAGGACUCGAACGGUCUGUCCGAUCCGUUCGUGACGAUGUACAUUGCGUCCAAUCCGAACCAUCGGUACAACACCUCCGUGAAGGCCGGGACGCUGAAUCCCGUGUGGGAGGAACACUUUUCGCUGCCAAUUGCUGAGGAUGCGAACGAUGCUAACCUCAUCGUGGAAGUGUGGGACUUUGAUCCAGCAGAAACGGUUAAAGAGAAGAUGAACAAACUGUUCGAGGUGAAGGGUGUCCGGGGACUGCGCAAGCUGAUGAAAGAGAUUGCCCAGACAGCAUCGAGCGGAAAGCACGAUAACGAACUGAUUGGACGUACCAGCAUUCCGCUGAAGUCAAUACCCGCCUCCGGAAUGCUGCUCUGGUACAAUCUGGACAAGAAGAACAAGCUGCGCCGGCAGGGUACCAUCCGCAUAAGACUGAACUUUAGCUCGGAGAAAAACAGCCAAGUGGCGGCCCAGGAGCAUCGCCAUCUGCUGCGCAUCCUGCUGCUCCACGAGCUGGAAUCGUCGAAGGUGGCCCCGUACUGGUGGUCGGGCAAGUUUACGAUUCAGGGCGAAGCGGUGCUAACGCAACACUCGGCCCAAAGUGGGCUUUCCUCCACGACGGAAGCAUUCAUCCAGUGGUCUGUCUUUGCUGCGAUCCACCAGGAUCAUCCGCUUUCGUUUGUCCUGUUCGAUACGCUGCUGGAAAAGUUGAUCCGUCCGAUACAGACGCUUGCCGUGUCGGAGGAAGAGCUGAAGACGUUCUGGGACGCGACGAAGAAACUGCUACCGUCCUGCUUCUCCGCCAUCCGCAAGUUGCGCAAGAAGAAUACGGGCGAUAAGCUGGUACUGAAAACGUUGAACGGUGUGCUGAACAUAAUUGCGAAGGUGGCACUGCUCGAACCGCCGGAGGGAACCGAUCUCUUCCCGGUGCAGAUGUACGGAUGGAUCCGGCGGUCGAACGAUAGCGAACCGAACUGGGACAUACGGGAGGCUCUGGCCAGUGCGGUCGUGUCGGGUGCGGAGGAUUGGUUUAGCGGCAUCAAGGAGGGCCACUUUCUGCAGACCGGUACCGAUGAGGAUCGUUUGCAGAACUUGAUCAAAAUCAUCCAGCUGGUUCGAUCGGACAUUCAAAAGUCCAUCGAGUACUACGAUAAAACAUUUCAAGAAAUUAUGCAUUUUCCCUACACCAAGGAGCUGUACAUUACGUACGAGUUGAAGUUGGCGGAGCUCAUCAAACCGACGGUGGAGGACAUCUGCCGGAAGCUGAAACGGAUCGAUCUGCCCGAGACGGGCUCACAUCGGGGCGGUGACAGUGGGUUCAUUGAGUAUGAGGACAUCAACAUGGGCACGACCCUGUUCGAGCUGUAUCUGGUGCUGAAGCGCUUCUGCACGCUCGGGACGGCGCUCAGUCCGGGUGAAAGCAACUUUGCGAUCGACGAGUACCAUCGGUGGUUUACGACCGGCGUUACGCACUGGCUGGAUAUCGCCGUGUAUAAGGCACUGACGCGCAUCCACAAGGCGAUCGAGCUGGAUAAGUUGCAGCCGGUCGAUGAGACGGUGAAGUACUCGUCCUCGGCCGUCGAUACGUUGGCCAUCUUCUAUCAGAUCAAGAUCUUCUGGCAGCAGCUAGCCUGGCCGGAUGUGGAGGGAGCGUACAUUUUUGUAGCGAAAAUCGUUGAUGACAUCUGUCGGUGCUGUGUGUUUUACGCGGAUCGUAUGUCGGCACGCGUAGAAAACCUGGGCGUGGUGGAGAAUGUGUACGAGAAAAAGUUUGAGGUAACGUCCGAAUGGUGUCUCGCCAUCAACAACAUCGACUACAUCCGGCAGAGUCUGAAGCCGUUCGCAACGGAGCUCGGGGUGGAUGAUAUACUGGCCAAGCUGGGCGACGUGCAGAGCAGUAUCGAGGCGGAGCGCUGCAAGGAAACGCUGCGUGCGGUGCUGGACAAUGCGAUCGACACGGAAAAGAACAAGAUUCUGGAUUUGGUGGAGAAGUUGGCACGCAAAAUGGCGCCGGCGAUGCGUCGGUUCCUGGUCGAGGGUGCGGAGCUUCUGCAGCAAGACUCGAACUCGCUCGAUCGGUUGAUGAUGUACAUGGAGGAGUCGCUGAGCGUGCUGAACGCGGAGCUGAACGAGACCAACUUCGAGCGUGUACUCGAUGCCAUUUGGGCCGAAUUGACGACGAUCUUGUAUGACCUCAUCCAGAGCAAUUUGGACAAACGACGUCCGCCUUCCUUCUUUGCGAACCUUCGCGACACGCUACACCUGAUGGUGGCUAACUUCAAGACGGCGCAAAACCGCGAAUCGGAAACGGCCGCCGACAAGGAGACGUUGGCCCACAUCGAGCGCUUGCUGCAGCUGCACGGGUACGAAACGACCGAUCUCAUCCAUCAGUAUUACUUAGAUAGGCUAGAGGAGCAGAACCAGAGCGACGCAUCGACGACCGGGUACGGCAUGCUGACGGUCCAGUGUUUCUUCAAGGAGAACGUGCUCGAGCUGGAGAUUGUGAACGCACGCAAUCUGAAGCCGAUGGACGGAAAUGGGUCCUGCGAUCCGUUCGUGCGCGUUCACUUCCUGCCCGAGGAGCGGUUCGUUGGUGUUGCCAAGCCGAAAACGCAAUGCCAGAGCAAAACACUGUUCCCGCUGUUUGAUGAGAAGUUUGUGAUAACCUUUACGCCCGAGCAGCGCUCCAUCGAGAAUGCAGUGAUCAUGUUCAGCAUCAAGGAUAAGGAUCUGUUCGGUAUGUCCAACCAAUAUCUGGCCGAGUGCUAUCUCGGCUUUAACGAAAUUGCCGACAUUUCGGGCGAUGCGGGCAAAAUCGAACAGAAGCAUCUCAUCCUAACGCGACCACAGAAGAUGGAUAUCGACUGUCUACGUGCGCUCGAAUACCGGCAGGGUGACAAACAGGCCAAAGAGUUUAUCAAGAAGCUGAAGCAAAAAAUGGGCCAAUAGACAUGGUGUGCACUGUGAGACUGUGAGCACGAGUAUAGCGAAAGCUGCCCACGGAUUUGGAGCGAUAUGUUGGCGGCUGUAAAUCGUAUUUAUAAUUGUUGAUGUAAUGUAACCAAUGGUGAAGAAUGAAAAUAUAACUGACCUCGUUCAACCGGGGUUAUGCUCUGAUUUACGAA